UGUCAUUCUAAUAGAUGUUUUAAGAUUGCCCCAUUUACAAACAUUACAAAAACAAGAAAGCGACUGAAAAUAAGAGGUUCUGCAAAGGAUGCUAAUAAUGUUUUUAUUCAUUGCAUAGUCAUUUAGUUAAAAAAUGAAAACUUGGUAACAGGGCAAAGCCUGGGCAGACUUCAAGGCUUUUUUUAUAAUACAUUACAUCAACUGAAAUCUACAGGAGCGGUGUGGGAUAGGCCAUCUAUGUCACAAAAUAAUCAUAAUUGAAGGUUUUUAUGUUUAGAAAAUGUAUGAUAUAACCUAUCAUCUACUAUUCCUAUCACUUUAUAAGUCUCAUGUCUAUUUUCACAUGUAAAGGAGUGCAUCUCAUCUCAGUGAUGAGCCAAUGAACCUUAUGCAUUAAAUUACUCGUACAUACCGUUUUCGGCUUCCUUUUAUUGCUGCACACCGAAAAACAAAUGUAACACCCAUUAAAGUUAAUCAUAAUACCAGUUACUAGAAAGUAAAUCAAACGCAAGUCUUCCCCAUACUCAGCAGUGCUUACUGCAGUUCGUGUGCGCAUGCGCAGACGUGUCUGUCUACUCUGAGCGGGUCGCGAACUCUGACCUCCCGUAGCAGCACCGAGCCGUCGGAUUGUGAUUAUUUAUAAAAACAACACAGUAUUUGGAUAAUAUUACACGCUGUUGGGGUGAACGUGUGGCCAAUGGGGCACUGGGUCUGAGACACGCCUUUGAGAGUUUGGCAUCAUGGAGGGAGAAAGUCCCAGAAUUCAGCUGGUGUCUGCAGAUGGAGGCCUACAGAUUGUGACAGACCAGCCGCUGGCUCCAAAAGUGCAGAUACUCACAGCCAUUGAUCAGGCUGGAGCUGGCAAACAGCAGUUCAUAUUAGCAAACCUGGACUACCCUAACCAGGACAAGCUUUUCAUAAAACAGGAGAACUCGCCUGCCAAAGUCUUCUUAACCUCUGCAGAUGGUUCAGCUGUCAAUCAACUGCUUUUCACAUCACCUGAGCUGACCGGACAGCAGAUUCAGUUUGUGACAGACGGUUCAGAGCAUGGCACCACAAAGGCUCCAGUGGAGUAUUGUGUAGUUUGUGGAGACAAAGCCUCAGGUCGACACUAUGGCGCAGUGAGCUGUGAGGGCUGUAAGGGUUUCUUCAAGCGCAGCAUCAGGAAGAAUCUGGUGUACACGUGUCGGGGGUCCGGAGAGUGUGUCAUUAACAAACAUCAUCGGAACCGAUGCCAGUACUGCAGACUGCAGCGCUGCAUGGCUCUCGGCAUGAAACAAGACUCUGUUCAAUGUGAGAGAAAGCCAGUGGAAGUGUCAAGAGAGAAGCCAGCCAACUGCGCGCCCUCCAUCGAAAAGAUCUACAUCCGCAAAAACCUCUGCAGCCCUCUCGCCGCCAUGCCAACGUUUGUUAGCGACAAAGAGACCCCCAGACCCACAAGUUUACUGGACUCCAACAUGCUCUUGAACAUACAGCAGUCUCUUUCUAAACUUGACAAUACUGUUUUAAUCCCGUCUUCACCCGAUCAGAAUGAUUGCAGUCAGGGUGAUCUGGGUACCCUGGCCAACGUGGUCACAUCUCUCGGUCACCUCAGCAAAUGUCGUGAGGCGAUGGACAUCAGUACAGACCUAUCAGGGAUGGAGACCAUGAGCAACGAUGACAGCGUCAUGACCGACGUUCAGCGAGAAGAGCACAAUGACGUCACACGAGCAUUAGACACACUCACAAAAGUGCUUCAGCCGGAGGAGAGCUGUGGGGAAGAGCCCCUCGACGGGAUUGUUGCUGUUAAAGUUGAUGACCAAACAACCGCCCUGCUGGAACUAGAAGGACCACUGCUUUCAGAUAUUCACGUGCCCUUUAAGCUAAUGAUGCCAAUGCCCAUGCCAGACUUCUUAAAUCUGAACUACAUCUGUGAAUCAGCAUCUCGACUGCUUUUCCUCUCAAUGCAUUGGGCACGCUCCAUUCCUGCUUUCCAGGCCCUUGGCACGGAGAACAGCAUUAUCCUGAUGAAGGCCUGCUGGAAUGAAUUGUUUGCUUUAAGUCUGGCUCAGUGUUCACAUAUAAUGAAUGUAGAGACCAUCCUCACGGCCAUAAUCAACCACUUGCAGUCCAGUCUGGAUGAAGAAAAACUGUCUCAAGAGAGGGCUAAGCAAGUUAUGGAGCACAUCUGGCGUAUGCAGGAGUUUUGUAACAGUAUGAACCGCAUGAGCCCUGACGCCUAUGAGUAUGCUUACCUCAAAGCCGUGGUGCUUUUCAGCCCAGAUCACUCUGGAGUGGAUGGCACUAUUCAAAUUGAACGCUUUCACGAGAAAGCUUACAUGGAACUGCAGGACUACGUGAGCAAAAUGUACCCGGAGGACACAUAUCGUCUGUCGAAGCUGUUGGUGCGUCUUCCUGCGCUGCGGUUGAUGAGCGCAGCUGUGACCGAGGAGCUCUUUUUCACCGGCCUCAUCGGGAAUGUUCAGAUCGACAGCAUCAUUCCCUACAUACUCAAAAUGGAGUCCACAGACUACAAUAGCCAGUCACUCAGCAUCAUCGAGUGACUGAAGCCCCGCCCACAGCCACACAUCUCUUGAUGUCGAGAUGUCAUUGACUGAAAAACAGAACCAUGUCCGUUUACUCACUCAGACCCUCGGAGCCAAAACAGCAGUCUGUAUGAUAUAAUCAUAAGAACGAAUGCGGGCAUAAUUUUAUGACAUUGCUUUUUUAUUUUGUCAGUGUAUGGAUUGUGUCUUAUGGGUUUGUGUAUUACUGAUAAAGUGGGUAACAGCUACUUUUGCCGUUGGAUGUUUUGGCUUUUAUUUUAUUAUGUAGGCUACCUAUGUUUAGAAAAGUGUCUGUAAGACGCAAGAAGUGCAAGGAACUUGCCAACCCCCCCCCACGCAAGCACUGACUUUCCUUGUAAGUAUAUGAAUUGUAUAUAUAGGAAUAAUAAAUGUCAAAUCAAGGGAAAUGUCAGGUAUUUGAGUGUUUGUUUGCAUAAAGACUGAUUUUUUUAAAACAGUUCAUUGUAACAAACAGGGUUUCCAUGGUUUUGGAAAGCAUGAAAUAUUGAGAAAAUGUCUAGGCAUCAUGUAGAAAUCAUUGGAAUUCAUUCAAAGUCUGAUUAAUUCAAAAUAGAGUAUUUUUACUCUAAAGUAAAUGGUCUGUAUAUAUUACUGUUGUUAAGAAUUAAUAAGAGAUAUAUAAUCUCUUUUUUAAUUAAGUUUGUUAACUGUCUAUACAUCAGUUUAAAUAAAUGCAUUUUGUGAUCAUGCAGAUGGAGAAAAAACUAACUCAUUUGGCACUGAAGAGUGUAUUUUUCUCGUUCCCUGCAUGAAAGUGUAAACCUUUGUGUAUUAAUGUGUUCCAUAUGGAUACACUACCAUUCAGAAAUCCCCUUAGGGUCACUUACUCGUUGUUUAUAAGUAUUUACGGUAUAUUUUUUCAGUCAAAUGGACUGUAGUGUACAUCAUGCACCAUUGUAGCUGUUGCUAUUGAACUUGACAUAUGGGGGCGGUUUCCCGGACAGGGAUAAAUUUAAGCCAGGACUAGGCCUUAGUUAAUUAGGAGUUAAUAAGUUUUUAAAAACAUACUUUACAAAAAAAAACAUUAGGCCUACUUGUGGACAUCUUGAGACAAAUCAACGACAAAUCAACAAAACCGCACUGAUUUAUUUUAAGAUAUGUCAGUGUAUGUUGUUUUCUAUUAAGACACCUCUAACAUUUAAAUUAGUGUGGGACUAGGCUU